AUGAUUUAUGUUACAAACGAAGCCAGCACCGACGGUAAAAUGGCUGACCACAUCGAAUCCUUCUCAAAGAAGAACCAUUUAAACUCCAUCAACCAACCCAUCAAGCCCUACUUGAUUGUAGUAUUCAACAAAACGGAUCAUAAAGGCCAAUCUACUCUUCAAGCCAAAAAAGACAAUCUUGCACCCAAGAUUGGGCAAUUUUACCGAGGAUUCGAUGUUGUCUGCCUCCCACAUAUCAAAAACAUCGAAGGUUUUCAGGAAUCAAUUGAAAAAAUCAAAAAAAUCAUUGUAGAUCAACAACUCCAACAAGUCGCCAAGGGCUUUUUGGAAUGGACCCAGUAUUUUGUCAAGGAUAUUAUUCAACCUAACCUCUUGAGGUACCAUUCCUUGAAACCCGAAACAUUGGUGGCAACGAUUGAAGCACUUCGAAACUUACCAAAUGACCUCAAGAAAGAUCAAUACAAUAUUGAUAUCUCGUACCUCGAAAAGAUUCAACUCGACAGAGUUUUUAAUGUCCUCGUCUCCAUUUACAAGGCCAAGAUCAAGCCCAACCAUCCUCAUGAAAAUCCCAACCUUCAUCGAGACUUUGGCCACAUUAUUCAUCAUUUUGCCAAAAUGUUUCAAUAUUAUUCAGGCAAACUCGAUUCAAACAAUGAAAAAGGAAUUAAAACUCUUGGAGAAAUAGCUGAAUCAAUACAAAGUUAUAUUAUUUUUAAUACUCCUUGCUCAAACAAAUCCGACGAUAAUAUAACCAAAUGCAGAAUUAUUCAAAGUAGACACGGCGUCGGUGGAUGCAAACUAGACGGUGGCUCUUACACUUUUGCAAAUGUCAAAUACGAUCCAACAGAUGAAAGUAAAGGAUUCAAAUCAAAUACAGAAUGGGAAAAAGAUAUAGAGUUAAUCAAAUACCACCAAGACAGUCAGAAUGAUACAUCUCUUGAAUGGCUCGAGUAUCUUACAAAAGACAGUACUGGUCUUAUUAUAGGUUUAAGGUAUCCGUUGACUCAAGUAUGCUUUGGAUGUUUGGUUAGGUUCCCGUCUGAACAAUUGGGUUGUGGACAUUAUUCAUGUAUGGAAUGUCUUGCCCUAGCAACACCAGAAGAAAAAAAACCAUGUUUGCUAUGUGGAGUAUUAACAGACGGAUCAUCGUGCACGCCAACCGUUCCUCAUCAAGCUGGAUACCGUGUAAUGGCUGCCGAUGGAGGUGGAGUGAAAGGAAUCGUGACAAGUUUGAAUUUAGAAGAGAUACAAAAGCAAUUGUAUGGCAUUCCAACCUACCAUUUAUUCGAUCUAAUUGUUGGCACUAGUACUGGCGGCUUGGUUGCCUUGGCUUCGUCAAUUCCUCUGCCUGGCGAAACAACACCAAUUUCAGCAAUAGAGUUGACCAAAAAAUAUGAAAUGUUAUCCAAAGAGGGUUUCAAAAAAGAAUUUGUUGCCAGUUGGGAUAUGACCGCCGGAUAUGCCUUUGGACCACGCUACAUUAGCAAAUGUGCCGAAAUAGUCCUCAAAGAUCUUUUCAGAGAUGAAAACUUGCUCAUUUCCUCCCAAUCCAAGACAAGAAUCGCAUUAACAAGUACAACCAACACCCCUGGAGUCAUUUGUGUUAUCCCAUCCUAUAACCUAGAAAAAGCAAAUUCCAAAGGAUUGGUAUAUCAUAGAGACAUCACCCCCUAUCAAUCAUCCCUAGCUACUUCGGCUGCUCCAACCUACUUGAAAUCCCGAAAAGUAGACUCUAAACCCGACGAGGAUACCACCUAUCUCACCGAUGGAGGAAUGAUGGCAAACAAUCCAUCUGAAGUUGGUUACCAUGAGUCAUUCAAGAUCUGGGGCAAGGAAAAAAAACUCGAUAUAUUGGUCAACUUGGGAUGUGGAUCCUCUAACGUGCCAACGGAAACAGGUGAUAGGAUUGACAAUGUCUUGAUGUACGUUUCAAAUACUACAACCAACAACAAUAAGCAUUGGAAAAACUUGAAAACUUACGUCGCAAUGAAUAUGUACGACGAGGAAUCAAACACAAUUCACAUCUAUUCUAGAAUUGAUCUCAAAGGUAUUGUUGGCCUCAAAGAGCAAUUAGAAAAGAACGAGAUGUUUUCUUUGGUGGUCAAAAAGAAACGCUCAGGAACCAAAUUGUUUGAAUUCAAGAAAUAUUCGCACUAUGACUCCAGUCGGGAAUCUAAACAACGUCCUUACAUUUCUUCAAUCAAAUUGGAAGGUAUCCUAGAAUCAUCUGAUCAAAUUGGUAUAAAGUGUCGACUCGAAUGUCAUAGAGAGAAAGAAGCGAACAGAUCCCUCUGCUUUAUCUCCAACAGCCCAAUCAAGUUUAAGCAUUUGAACAAAUUAGCCGAUCUUCAGAAGCAACAACCUACCAAUGGUAUCAGAGCCACUGAUCAUUCUCAAAUCGUACCAGACAAACGAAAUCUUACUGUUGCCCAACCAAUAUCCUCGAGUGUUCCCACAGUCUCACAGAAUAUCCGAGCCUCCUCCGAACAAGUUGAAAAUUCAACAAAUAUCACUGUAUAA